CUCUAUCUCUUUCUCAUGGACCGCCUCUCUCUCUUCUCUCUCUCCCUCCUCCUCCUCACACCCUAUAUCUGUUUUGCUGACGAGAAACUAUCAUCAGCCACCGUUGACUCCAAUGACUCCGACGAUCUGUUGAUCCGCCAAGUCGUAUCAGACGGAGGCGAUGAUCACCUCCUCAACGCCGACCACCACUUCUCUAUCUUCAAGCGCAAGUACGCCAAGUCCUACGCCACUCAAGAGGAGCACGAUCACAGGUUCUCGGUCUUCAAGGCUAACCUACGCCGCUCCAAGACCCACCAGCUCCUCGAUCCCUCCGCCGUGCACGGCGUCACCAAGUUCUCCGAUCUCACUCCGGCGGAGUUCCGCCGCAAUUAUCUCGGCCUCAAGCAGCGCCGGCUCAAGCUCCCCGCCGACGCUCACAAGGCUCCAAUCCUCCCCACGAACGAUCUUCCAGCCGAUUUCGACUGGCGCGAUCACGGCGCCGUCACUGGCGUCAAAGAUCAAGGUUCUUGUGGAUCGUGCUGGUCUUUUAGUGCAGCUGGUGCGUUGGAAGGAGCUCAUUUUCUGUCUACUGGAGAGCUCGUGAGCCUCAGUGAACAACAGCUCGUGGAUUGUGAUCAUGAGUGUGAUCCAGAAGAAUAUGGUGCCUGUGAUUCAGGGUGCAAUGGUGGGUUGAUGACCACGGCCUUUGAGUACACACUCAAGGCCGGUGGACUUGAAAAAGAAGAAGAUUAUCCUUACACUGGAAGAGACCGUGGCCCCUGCAAAUUUGACAAUAGCAAGAUUGCUGCAUCAGUUUCUAACUUCAGCGUCAUUUCUGUUGAUGAAGACCAAGUAGCUGCCAAUCUGAUUAAGAAUGGCCCUCUUGCAGUGGGAAUCAAUGCAGCUUAUAUGCAGACUUACAUAGGGGGAGUUUCGUGCCCAUACAUAUGUUCUAAGCAUUUGGAUCAUGGGGUGCUUUUGGUGGGGUAUGGAUCGGCUGCCUUUGCUCCAAUCCGGUUGAAGAAGAAGCCAUACUGGAUUGUAAAGAACUCGUGGGGUGCAAAUUGGGGAGAGAACGGGUAUUACUAUAUCUGCAGAGGUCCAAAGUCUCACAACGUAUGCGGGGUGGAUUCCAUGGUUUCAACUGUUGCUGCUAUCCAUACCACUACUCAGUAGAAAGCUUACUGUUAGUUUUUGAUAAUCAGGUAAAAGAUUAUUAUUAUUAUUAUUAGUAGUUGUAUUGUGAAAAUGUUCUGUUUCAUUUUGUUACAUUGCUCUUCCUGUAAAUAUGCCAAUUGCAAUGUUCUGUAUUAUGAAAAUAAUUAUUCAGACUGA